ACAAAAUGAGUGAUAGAUAUGAUUUUGACUGUCAGUGACAGUGACCCUUGUUUUCAUUUAAAAAAGAUUUUAAUAAGUUUUUAAACUUAUUUUGAAAAUGAUAUCAACAUCAACAAGAUAAUUAUAUCACAAACAUUUCAUGCAAUUGAAGACUUGACGCACAUACAUAACUUAUUUGUAGCUUGAAUUGUAAUAGAGAUGUCUUCAGCAAUGGUUUUAAGAACAAUAUUUUGCAAAUUUAAACCGACGUAUUUGUCGCUAUAUUAUAGUGUUUUUAAAUUAACUCCCACCUCAAUUAUUCAACAUGUGUUAAACAGGCCCCCGUGUGGCAUUUUUAUUAAAUUACCAAUUAUAUCCAUAGCUUCGUAUGCGACUAGAACUAGGACUACGGAAAAACGUGAUUUCAAUGCCACCAAAGCAAAGAUCAUAUUAGCCCUCAAUUUUCAGUCUGCCGAAGAUGCAUUACCAUUUUAUAAACUAUCUUUAAAAACCUUGAUACAUGUAUUAAAAGUUACCAAAAACGAUGAAAGUAAAGGGUACUGCAAAAAUAGGUUAUAUUAUAUUGCAUCCCGGCUAAAGGUGCCUCCAUCAGUAUUGAGCGAAAAAUUAGCUAAGAGGACUUUCAUUUAUGGCCUGUCAUUUGACUGGAUUGAGAAAGCAUUGGAUGUACUUAUAGAAAUGAAUGUAGCUUCUGAUCGUAUUUUGAGGGAUUUAUGGGUGUUAAAAUAUCACCAUGAGACUAUCCAAGAGAGACUCGUAAAGGUAAAAAAUCUAGGCAUUGACAAUCUCUACCCAUGGAUGGUGAGAUGUUCCGAAGACAUAUUGAAUAGGUAUAAGACUUUUUCAUAGAGAACAAGACAUUUUGGGUUUGUUUUGGAUUCAAAACAAACGUAUCUUGCUAAUCGGCUGAAUGUGUCUCUAGAUACUGUUCAAGAAAUGUGUUUUAAAAUACCUGCAUUGAAAACGAUUCGUGUAACAAAGGUAAAACAUUUUCUGGACUUCCUUGAAUCGGAAGGAUUCAAUGUUGAAGAAAUUGCCACAAAACCCAGAGUUUUAUCAGCAUCACAAAAAACAGUGAAGAAGAGGCUAGAUACACUACGCAACCUGGGAUUGAAAGAGAUAAAUUUAAAUGUUCUUUGUAGAAGUAAAAAAGACUUUAAGAAGUACUGUGAAUCAAUAGAGUCUUUGUCAGAACAAGAUACCUGUUAGAACAAACAACAGAACUGAUUCUUAAUUGAAUUUUUUUUACCUUAAAUUGAGAUGGACAUCAGAAAAAGUGAAUCGUUAUUAUUAGUAUUAUACAGAAGCUAGUUUUAGGAUCGUUGUAGAAGUUGAAGUGCCAAAUAAAACAAAAAAUAUUCAUAAAUAAAAACCUUUACAAAACCUUCACAAA